GGACCGACAACAGGGCGAGCGUGGUUUGAUGACAGAAGAGGGGGAGUCGAUGUGCAUAGGGGACCCAAAGACGGUGCACUCAAUAUGGGCGUAAUCUGGCACAAUGACCUACACACAGGUAACAUUUUUCGUUGACAAAGACAACCCUACCCAAAUAACCAGCAUCAUCGACUGGCAAGCAGUUCCUAUUUAUCCGAUUUUUCUUGUCGCCCAUCAUCCGUCUCUCAUAGAGUAUGACGGUCCGAAGCCAGAGCGGUUCAUUCAGCCUAGUCUGCCAGAGGAUAUCGAAGAGUUUAAUGUCCAAGAUAAAAAGGCUGCCAAGGAGCUAUUUCUUGGGCAGACACUCUGGCUUUACUAUGAGACGCAAGUCUGUAAAGAAGCCUCAGAUCUGAUUUGCGCAUUUGAGUACCGCAAAUCUUUGCAGUCUGAGAUACUAAGUCUAAUCGGCUCGAUAUUUGACGAUGGGGAGCCGCAUGUCCAAAGGCUCCUUGCGGAUGUCACGAAAUAUGGUAUACGGAAACAGCUGGUCGGGGAGGAUGAUCACGGCAAUCCAAGUGUACCAUGUCCCCUGAGCUUCACAGAACAUGACCUGGAGAAACAGAUGGAGGAGUACGCCGAAUGGGGGAGGGACAUCGAGGAGAGAUCACGAGUGAUUGACAAAAUAGGGGUGUAUACAGGCUGGAAUGGAGCUGUAUCUCCUGGCGAUUAUGAUAAAGUUGUCAGGCGAGUUGAGCUUGUCAAAGAAAGGUUUUUUAGAUCGAGAAUCGACAACUCCAGAGGAACGUGUGGUGUGAGAGAAGUCAUGGCCUUUUUGAGGAUAAGCCCAGAGGACACUGAUCUACUUGUAAUAAGAACAGGUUCCCUCCCCCGCUCAUGUCUUCGCUGCUUCCCCGACAGGUGAUGGCCAGGGUCGUAGAGCUAAUCGAACAGUCUUAAUAGCCAAUAAAAGAUCAACAUAUGGCCUGAUGGGGAAUCUGAAAGUAAAAGUACGACUGUAGACAGUUCCAAAUAGUCGGCGACCUUCGGUUGAUACAAUUAAUAAGGUGGAUGUGAUGAUAUUACUAGACAGUACGCCAUCCUAUCAUAGAGAAGUAGUAGUCUAGGUAGCAAACAGG